AUGGCUUCAUUCCACGACACAUUUGCAGCGGAUUACCCUCGGCAAGGGGCACUGACCAAGGAACAACUGCAGCGCCUUUAUGUGAAGAACAAGUUUGAGCUUACCAAGCACGUCAGUGCCGUCGUUGGAGCAAAGGCACAGUAUUUUGGCGGCAACGACUGGUUCAUCAGUUGGUACAGUGCCCCGGAAGGAGCUGAGAUUCAUAACGGACUCGAACAUCAAGAUGUGCCGGACCAACACGUCCCUGCGGCUUUAGAUGCAGUCAAGCACAACCUCAAGGACCGCAGAUUUAACUGGGUCACCGGGCCCCAAGACCAAAAUCGACUGGAGUACCAUCUCCGGCGACAGGACUUUACUGUCGAUGAGCAAGAGCCUGUCAUGGUGGUCGACCUGAGGCAGCAGACGGAGGCUAUGCGAGCCGCAGUUCCAAACGGCAUCCGAAUAGGUGAUAUUGAUUCCUGGCGAGUGAGGGACUGGGUCAAAGCUUGGUCAGGACAUGCCCCAGUGGAAGCCACGACGCAUUGGACGCAAAUAUAUGACACAAUGUUGAAUACCCUGCACCGCAAACAGUUCUGCAUGUUCAUGGCCCAACAGGGCGGGCGGGUAAUUGGCACAGGCUACCUCCACUGCUUUGCCGGCAUCGCUUCCAUUCAUGCUAUCGCUGUAGUGCCGGAGCUGAGAGGCAACGGCAUAGGGAAGGCGUUGACUGCGUAUGGAAUGCAGAGAGCCGCCUCUAUCGGAUACAACAUUUCUACCUUGACAUCUUCACGCGCAGGGUUGAAUGUGUUCCAAUCACUUGGAUUCAAAGAGUUUGGAGUGGUCAAGUUGAACGUAUGGCGUCCUCUCAUAGAUCGUGGCACGAUAGAGAAUGAGCAGAAGGAAGCACUCGAAGCUGAACAGGAAGGGUGGUGCCUAGUGUGA